AUGUUUUGUUGUUUGAGUUCGACAUCUAUUACCUCCACCAAGUAUGGCAUAGCUCCAAUCCCCAGAGGAAGAUCAUCUAGGAGUAGGACAUAUGUUCUGCAAUCCUCAUCAAGGCUAUUGAUCCAAGCUGUGCAAGAGAACGAGGGGCCUCGACGGUUGGUUGACAUCAUUCGUAUUCUGCCCGAGGUGUCAAGAAAUUACUUCAAAAGCCCUUCUCGAAGGGCUCUUUUCGGAGGCAUCUCCUUGCUGGGUGGAUUCUACGUGGCGCAAACUAUCUCCCUGUCAUUUGGAGCCUUAGGAGUGAACGAUGUAAUCGCUGCUGUGGUGUGUGUUCUGCUCACGGAGUAUGUGACACGGUUUUACUACAGCCGGCCUAAGGUCACUUUUCCUCUUGCCCUUUUGAACAAUUUUAAGAUGGGGUUUACUUAUGGUCUCUUCAUCGACGCUUUCAAACUCGCCAGUUGA